GGCGCGUGCGCACUUCUGUCUCUCCCUCUAUCCUCCUGACCUCCUCCCGGUUUCUCUUCUCUGCGGCGCAACUUGGUCCCCCUCCAAUUGAACAACUACACACCCAUAUUACAGCCAUACACACACAUACUACACACAUGAGGGAUGGCCGUCGCUGUCUUCGGAAAGAUUCUAAUCGGCAUUUACGUGGAAAUCAAACGGAGUGAUGGUCGAAUCCACCAGGCCAUGGUGACAUCACUGAAUGAAGACAACGAGAGUGUCACGGUGGAGUGGAUAGAGAAUGGCGACACGAAAGGGAAAGAGAUAGACCUGGAGAGCAUCUUUGCUCUGAACCCAGAUGUGGCUCCUGAAGAGGAGGUAGUACAGAGUCCUGAAACCCCUCCUCCUGCUUCCUCCAUCUCCUCCGCUGCUAAACAAAUCAAGCCACCCAAGAACCGACGAACAAUAGCGCCCCCCAAGACUGAAACCCCAGCAAACAGAGCUGCAGCAGUGGGGACUACGCGAGCCAGACCCAGUCAAAUACAGCACCAGCAAAGCCAACCAGAACCACCCCCACCCGUAGCACUCACAGCCCUACAGACACAGCAGAUGACACUACAACAACAGCAGAACGCGCGGCGGAAAUCCAACUGUGUGAAGGAGGUGGAGAAACUACAGGAGAAGAGAGAGAGGAGGCGACUACAACAACAGGAGCUGAGAGAGAAGAAAGCACAGGAGGUAGAUGUGACUGUACCAAACUAUGAGAUCAUGUGUAUGAUCAGAGACUUCAGAGCCAGUCUUGACUACAGGCCUCUAACCACUGCUGAUCUGAUCGAUGAGGAGCACAGGAUAUGUGUGUGUGUACGAGCACGGCCCCUCAAUAAAAAAGAGUUGACUAUGAAGGACCUGGAUGUGAUCACCAUCCCCAGUAAGGACGUGGUGAUGGUCCAUGAACCCAAGCAGAAGGUUGACCUGACCAGGUACCUGGAGAACCAGACCUUCCGCUUCGACUACGCCUUUGACGACAGCACCGACAACGACAUGGUCUACAGGUUCACCGCCCGGCCACUGGUUGAGACCAUCUUUGAGAGGGGCAUGGCCACCUGCUUCGCCUAUGGACAGACAGGAAGUGGGAAAACACAUACAAUGGGAGGAGAUUUUUCGGGGAAGAACCAGGACUGUUCUAAAGGGAUCUACGCGCUGGCUGCGAGAGACGUGUUUCUCAUGCUGAAGAAGCCAAACUACAAGAAGUUAGACCUCAAUGUCUUCGCCACCUUCUUUGAGAUCUACAGCGGGAAGGUGUUUGACCUGCUGAACCGGAAAGCCAAGCUGAGGGUUCUGGAGGAUGGGAAGCAGCAGGUGCAGGUGGUGGGAUUGCAGGAGAGAGAUGUCAAAUGUACUGAAGACGUCCUCAAACUCAUAGAGGUCGGAAACAGCUGCAGGACGUCAGGUCAGACCUCGGCCAAUGCCCACUCGUCCCGUAGCCACGCCGUGUUCCAGAUCAUUCUGCGGCGGCGAGGGAAGAUGCACGGCAAGUUCUCGCUGAUUGACUUGGCGGGGAACGAGAGGGGUGCCGACACAUCCAGCGCUGACCGCCAGACACGCCUGGAGGGGGCUGAGAUCAACAAGAGUCUGCUGGCACUCAAGGAGUGUAUCAGGGCUCUGGGUCGGAACAAGCCCCACACCCCGUUCAGAGCCAGCAAGCUGACCCAGGUCCUCAGAGACUCCUUCAUCGGGGAGAACUCCAGGACCUGCAUGAUUGCCACUAUAUCUCCUGGAAUGGCUUCCUGUGAAAACACUCUAAACACUCUGAGAUACGCCAACAGAGUGAAGGAGUUUGGGAUCAGCCCGUCAGACAUCCCCUUCUCCCAGCAGCAGGGUGGUGGAGGGGGGGGUCGUGCUGAACUCUCCCCCACUAACACCUACGAGUACGAUGACUUUCCCACCUCUCCCACCAGGGCGAAGGAGCUAACGGUGGACCCAGGGGUGAUGAUGGAGGGGCGGGGGGGAGGAGGGGGUCACAGCGUCACCCAGCUGGAGGUCCUGGAGGCUCAGUGGGGGGUCGGCAGCUCACCUCAGAGGGAUGACCUCAAACUGCUCUGUGAACAGAACGAAGAGGAGGUGUCUCCUCAGCUCUUUACCUUCCAUGAAGCUGUGUCUCAGCUGGUGGAGAUGGAGGAACAGGUCCUGGAGGACCACCGAGCUGUGUUCCAGGAGUCUAUCCGUUGGCUGGAGGAUGAGAAGGUGUUGUUGGAGAUGACAGAAGAGGUGGAUUAUGAUGUGGACUCUUACGCCACGCAGCUAGAACAGAUCCUGGAUCAAAAGAUAGACAUCCUCACUGAGCUCAGAGACAAAGUGAAGGGUUUCCGUUCUACACUCCAGGAAGAGGAGCAGGCGAGCAAACAGAUCAACCCCAAGAGGCCUCGUGCUCUUUAGACAUGUCACACACACCUACACAUGUACACACACACGCGUACACACAAACACACACUGAUCUUAACACUUAACUGGAACCCUCUGGCGUAAAGGAUAACUGAUGUCAUAAGUUAAUUGUCCCUAAUCGAUGGUCGUAUAUUUCUAAAUGUGGGUGGUGGCCUAAGGCAUUGUUUGACUUGUCCAGAGGGGUAUAAGGUGAAUGCACCAAUUUGUAAGUCGCUCUGGAUAAGAGCGUCUGCUAAAUGACUUAAAUGUAAAUGUAUAGUGAACGGCUUUAAGAUAAUUGGGGUCACAGCACAAAACAUCUGGAAACCACUGUUGACAAGCAACUGAUUUACACCCUUGUUUAGACCUGAACAAAGUGCUAUGGUGUAAGUUAUGAUUUAAGGAUUAUGAGGUGUUGCACCAUUUUCUAUGUACAGGCUCCUCCCAUUGCUGCUUGUUAAUAUCAUCCAUCCAUCCAUCUGUAAAAGCGAGGGCAGAUUCCCUCUCCUUUCCAUCCCCCUGUAGACUGUAUGUACAUGGGUAAUGUAUCUGUGUGGUGUAACGACUAUCGACCGCUUCUCAUUUAAACAAAGAAAAGACGGAAGGAUUUAUUUUAAGCACCUUUUUAUAAGAUUAAAAUGUGAGAUAUGAUCGUUUUUUUUUUUUUUAAGAAGAAUUAAAACCACUUAUUUAGUAACUAUGAAGUACUUCAUUAGAUCUUGCUCCUGGAGAGUUGUAGUAUGUGCAGGCUUUCUUUCCAGUCCAUCACUAACACACCUGAUUCAACAAAUCAACUAAACCCCAAGACCGUGACCAGCUGAAUAAGAUGUGUUAGUGUAAGCCUGCACACACUGCAUUCAUCUCUCCAGGGCCAAGAGCAACGAACACUGAUUUAGUAAGAAAUACCUUUCUGACCACCUCUUCUGAUCAUGUAGCCUAUAUGGGUUAAGGAAGUGAUCAGGUGUUUGUCUGGGAGCCAACCAGAUGCAUGCAUGCACAAACCAGCUUUGAUUGUACUAUAAACCUCCAUUGAUCUAACUGUACCCUCCUGUGUCUACUGUACAUAAAUCCAUUACUCUUUAGGACCGUGUUCUCCUCCAGUGUUUCCUCCUACCAUUUCUUAGGCAAGGUGGCCCGCCUGGUCAGCACUGUUGCCCCCCACAUCUAAAAAGGCUGAUUUGAAAUGUUCAGUGUCUUCAACCUUCUGAUGUUGCUUUUGGGGGGCGUUGCGCCUCGCCAAAGAAUACAUCUUUCGGAAACACUGUCUUACAAAUGCUUCUAAUGACUAGCUUGUAGAAGACUGCUAUAUGUGUUUCUUGCCAGGAUAAAUAUUUAUAUGUACCAACCUGCCUCUUAACAAGCCCAGUCUCAGUUGUAUCUGUCCAUUCUGUUUACAAGGCAAUCAAUAUGCUAUUAACUGAAGAAAUUACCUGGUACUAUGAAUCUUGUAAAAAGUCUCUGUUUUCUCCCACCAUCCCAUUUGAAAGUUGUUUAUAAAAGGGAAGAUAGAUGUAUAGUGAGGACUGAGUUUGGUUCUAGCUGCUGCGGUGUAACUGGGACUUGACUACAAUACCUUAUGAUAAUAUAUGUGUGCAUCAGAUGUAACGCUGCCUGGCGUAAAGAAUAAAGAACCACAUGACUGACUGGA